UACACACAAAGUUUCAGCACAUUUUAGCAGAGAAACCUAAAAGAAAUGGAGGCCACAUGUGUCACAAUGACCAUAUAUAUUCCAAGGAUGUACGGAAUAAAUAAUUUUUUUAAUGGAAUGUUUGACAAGAAGAGUAUCAAGCAAUGUGAAAUGAAAAUCAAAAAAAUGGAAAAGGAUAUUAAAAAACACAAUCAAAUUUACAAGAAAUUGCAGGAUCAGCAAAAGGUGUGUUGGCUUGCCAACAGAAAAGUUACAUACAAGUUGCUUACUUCAAAGAAGACAAAUGAUUACAUAGAUGAAAAUUUAAGUGCGCAUGAAGAACGCACAACACAAAAAGCAAUUAAUAAAGUUAAGAAACAUCUUCAAGAAACAUUAAAGCAAGCAAAAGGGACGGAACAAAAGUACCAGAUUCUUCUGGAACAAGAGUCCAGGAUCAGAUCUUCUGUCAGAAAGCUGGAACAGGAUAUAGUCGAAAUGAUUGAAUUUCAAGUAAAUGAAAGAACACGAACUUCAACACCAAUUACAAGUAGGAUACACUCAAUCAUCCCAAUCCAAACUAUUGUACAAAGAAUGAGUAGUAAAUACCAGUUUAUCGUGCCUAAGGAGUUUAAUGAAAAGAAUGGAUGCUAUGCAAAGUUACCCAAUUUUGAACUAAUCAAUCGAGAAUUCCGGAGAUAAAGACAUAGUGGAUCAUCAUAUACAAUAUACAUGUUUUUAAAUGAUUUUUGUGAUUGUUUUAUUUAUGCAUGUUUUACGGAAUAAAUAUUAAUAUAUUUUUAGAA